GCCAUUUUGAAUUACAGCCGCACUUCGUUGGCUGUUGACUGAAAGGAGGCACGAUUUCUUCGUUUCUGAAACAUUUCUGCGCAUUCAAAGCUAUACUUACUGGAUAGAUAUUGUGAGGGAUUUACUUCGCUCUAAGUAUGGCUCACCGAAAUCUAAAACAGAUCAACAUUCAAAACAACGCACCGUCGCCGAAACCUCAGCAGCAGCAGCAGUACCACCAGCAGCAGCAUUACCACCAGCAGCAGCACACAAAGCGCAACAUGGACUCUCCAGGCAUGGAGCGAAGGCCGAAUGUUGCGGAUGGGAAAACCCCACCACCAAAGCCGCCGACGGCUGCCAGCCCUGCGGUAGAGGGGGAGGGUGGAGCCGGAGAGUCGCAGGAGAUGACGCUGGAUAUAAAGAGUUUCAGGAGACCCGGGGAGAAAACCUUCACGCAGCGGUGUAGGUUGUUCAUCGGUAACCUCCCGACAGACCUCACGGAGGAUGAUUUCAAAAAGCUGUUUUCCAAGUAUGGCGAGGCUAACGAGGUUUUUAUCAACCGAGACCGAGGAUUCGGCUUCAUUCGACUGGAAACCAGGACGCUAGCAGAGAUUGCCAAGGCAGAGUUGGACGGCACAGUGCUGGGGAACCGACCUAUCCGGAUCCGCUUCGCCACGCACGGCUCUGCCCUCACGGUGCGGAACCUUUCCCCCGUGGUCUCCAACGAGCUCCUUGAGGAGGCCUUCUCCGAGUUCGGGCCCGUGGAAAGGGCUAUCGUUGUAGUGGACGACCGAGGAAGGCCCACUGGGAAGGGCUUCGUGGAGUUUGCCAACAAACCUUGUGCUCGUAAAGCCCUGGAUCGCUGUGCUGACGGGGCGCUGCUGCUCACCACGUCUCCUCGGCCUGCCAUAGUGGAACCCACUGAGCAGCUGGAUGAAGAAGAUGGACUCCCAGAGAAAUUGCUUGUGAAAUCUGUACACUACCACAAGGAGAGGGAGCACCCCCCGCGGUUUGCCCAGCCGGGGACAUUUGAGUUUGAGUACUCGUCCCGCUGGAAGGCCCUGGACGAGAUGGAAAAGCAGCAGAGAGACCAGGUUGAGCGCAACAUCCGAGAGGCAAAGGAGAAGCUGGAGCAAGAGAUGGAGGCCGCCAAGCACGAGCAUCAGCUCAUGAUGAUGAGACAAGACCUGAUGAGGCGUCAAGAGGAGCUGAGACGUCUGGAGGAGCUUCGCAACCAGGAGCUGCAGAAACGCAAGAAUAUAGAAAUGAGACAUGAGGAGAGGCGUAGGCAGGAGGAGGAGAUGAUGCAGCGCCAUCGAGAGCAGGAAGAGUUGAGACGCCAACCGGACGGCUUCAAGCCAAACUAUGCGGACACCAGAGAACAGGAAAUGAGAAUGGGUGAACUGGGCCCUCGUGGAGCCAUUAAUAUGGGAGAUGGGUUUAACCCCGCCUCUGUUGCCGGGGCCAGUGUAAACCAGGGACCCCCUCAAAUGAUGGGCAUAGGCAUGAGCGGAAGGGCCGGAGCCAUGGGCCCCGAGGGAACUCCAAACAUGGGCGCACCAAACAUGAUGCCAGACAAUGGAGCCAUGCUGCGCAACGAUAGGUUCCCCCAGGGGGCUCCUAAUCAGAUUGGUUCGUCCCCUAUGAGUGGCCGUCCAGGUGUCGAGUCCCCUCAGCAGCAACAGGCUGUGGGGGCAGGGCUCAUGGGGGCAGGGCCUGGACCUGCAGUGGGGGGGCCAGCAGGCUUCGGGAGGGGAAUCCCUGUUGUGGGAAACUAUGAAGGGCCUAACAACAAACGUCGCAGAUACUGAUUGUGUUAUGUUGACAUUUUUUCAACGGUGUACCCCAAGGCUCAAUAUUUGGAUCUCUUGCUUUUCCUUUCUCAUUAUGUAAAAUAACUGAUUUCUUUUCUCGUCAAAUGUUUGUUUUUGUUCUUUUAAUUUGGGCUGAUUAUUUCCCUCAGCUUCUUCAUGUGUCCCGAAUGUUGACUGAGGGGGAAAAAAUAUAUAAUUAUGUCACAAGACAGGCCCAAUGUUGAUGCAAAAACACAAAUCUUCAAUGUUGGCCGCCAAAGGCCAAAAUCAACUGCGAUGUAUCUUGAUGUAGUCAGGUCUGUAGAUGGCUUAUAAACUUCUGUAUGGUGUCUUUUCUUGCUUUUUGCUAUCAGUAUCCUAUCCUCCUGUUAUUGUUGUUUUCAGUAGAUCCUAGUAACAAGUGAAGGCCUGCAUUGCCUCUGCAAUGGUUAGCUUACCUUGAUAUCCUCCCGUCCAUGGAAUGUAUUUCCCGUACAUUGCAUCCUGUAGUAGUUGUUUGACUAACUGCAAUAAAACUGUGAAAUGCCA